UCGCUGCUUUUCGAGCUGUACUUCCGGGUGUCGUGGCAGGACCACCGCCUCCUGUACCCGGUCGAGGACAGCUUCCCCGGCAACGGCUCCGCGGGAGGCCUCCACCGCGCCGCCGUCACCCCGCUGUCCGACGCGCCUGACAUAACGUCCAUGGCGAUGUCAAGCGACUUUCUCAAGAAGGACUCAGGAGUGCGCCAAGACCGGCCGAAGGACAUCAAGAAAUACACCGACUAUGAAAUGAAGACGGAGUUCGUUGGUCGUUUUGGCAUUCCCCUCGCCUUCCUGGUGUUUAACCUCGCCUACUGGCCCGUUUUCCUCUAGACUGGGCAGUCGGCGGAUUUCUAAGGACAACGCGAGCAUGUAGGGAAAGGGGUCUCAUGAGAAUGAAUAGCUUCACAGGGCAAGAGAUGUUUUUGAUACGUGCAUCCCCUGCGCUGAGACGGUAUUAUUUCACAUA